AUGUCAUCUAGUGAAGGGGAGAAUCGAAGCUCCAACAAGACCCCUGCGUCAAAACGGCGACGUGCGUGCGAUCCCUGUCGAAAGAAGAGAGCUCGAUGCGAUGGUCCUGAAAAGCCUGGUGCACAAUGUUCGGGCUGUGCCUAUUUCCGUUUAAAUUGCACGUAUUUCGAGGACUCUGAUAGACUCACUCAAUCAAAGAAGUAUAUUGCCAAGCUUGAAUGCAGAGUUGAGCAAUUAGAUAAAGUUCUCCAACAGCUAUGUCCAGAUGAAAGUUGUUAUGAAGAAUGGCUGGAUUCACUGGAAGAGGCCACCGGAGAUGACAAUCGCUCGCCGACUACGUCAUCAUCGACAUCCACAAUGCAAUUCCCUCCUGUGCAUCUAUUCAAGCCUGAAAUUUUUGAUUUCAUGUCUAAGAUCCUACGUGAUACUGGAGGCGACAGUACGAUUCCUCCGUCUCAAGAAGACGAUGUCGACCCUGCGAUCGUCUUCGCCAGCAGCCUUCACACCAAGAGGUUCUUCGGCGACUCUAGCGAAGAGAUGCUAGCUCGUACCGCGCUGUCGGUGAAGGAACAGUACAAACCCAGUGGAGAACGGCCUGAGCGCCCAAUAUUGUCUAGCAGACGGGAGGAGUUUUGGACUGCUCGCCCGUGGGAAAUGAAGAUUGCUCCACGUCCAAAGUACACAUUCCCGGAGCCAGACCUGGCCAAGGAUAUUAUCGACCUGUACUUCGAGCAUGCUAAUUUGUACCUGCCCCUUCUUCAUCGGCCAACUUUCGAGCGCUCAGUACGAGAUGGCCUGCACUAUACCGAUGCAGGAUUUGCGGAAAUUUUUCUCCUUGUUUGUGCUAUCGGCGCUAGAUUUUCUAAAGAUCCCCGCGUACGUAUCGACGACCUCGAAUCGCAGUAUUCUGCCGGUUGGAAGUGGUACAAUCAAGUGGAGUGUAAGAAUUCUUUCUUUUCCUUGCCGUCCCUAUACGAUCUCCAAACAUAUUGCCUUAGCAUUGCCUUUCUCCAGUUCUCGUCGUCACUACAGGCCGUAUGGGUUAUGAUCGGCACCGGCAUUCGCCUGAUGCAGGAAGUCGGGAUUCAUAGACGCAAAAGAACUGCCCCAACAGUAGAAGAUGAACUUUGGAAACGUGCUUUCUGGGUUCUUAUUUAUAUAGAUCGCCUCGUUUGCCUCUCCUUCGGCCGACCAUUGACCCUUCAUGACGAAGAGUUCGAUCUGGAAUUUCCGAUUGAAUGUGAUGAUGAAUAUUGGGAGCAUCCAGAUCCGGAGAAGCGAUUCAAGCAACCGCCGAAUAAACCGUCUUUGAUUAGCGCCUUCAACGUACAGCUCAAGUUGAUUAAGAUCAUGGGUCUCUGUAGUCGGAUGGUGUAUCCGCCAAGCAAGAUGCUGAACCAUUUUGCUAUUGCAGGCACGCAGUGGAAGGCCCAUAUUGUGCCUGAACUGGACUCCAGAAUCAACCGUUGGUUGGAGAUGACGCCACAGCAUCUUCGUUGGGAUCCUAACCAACCCAACGACAAAUUCUUCCGCCAAUCGGCGCUGCUGCAUGCAUUGUGCUAUUACACACAAAUAUCUAUUCACCGGCCAUUGCUUUCUUCGAAUGCCAGAACCGACUCUCUGUCGAUCCCAUCACUUGCGAUCUGCACGACAGCUGCGCGUGCCUGCAUCCGUGUCGCGGAUGCUCAAGUUCAGCGAGGCGUACUACAGCCUCCGAUUGUCCAGAUGGCAGCCUUCACAUCGGCCAUCAUGCUCUUGUCUAACAUCUGGAGCAGGAAGAAGGCGCCAAGUCGCAGACAGGGCGUUUUAUUACGAGAGAAUAUUCCCGACAUGGAAGACGUACUCAGGACCCUGUCAAUUCUCAAAACGAAUGAAUAUAUGUGGCCACAGGCUGGGAAGUUUUGGGACGUUCUCGCCGGACUCUCCUCCAUUAGUGAACAACCCAACCGGCCACUGGGACAAGCAAGCGACUCUACAGUACCUUCAUUUUCACUGCAGAGUGGUCCUACCAUCCCGCACUCGCCUUCCUUGGGGCUUGGAAUGCCUGAGAUCGCAGACCUACCUCCCGUAACCCUUGGUGCUGACGAGAGCUUCUGGAAUUAUGCAAUGUCAGGCCUGUCGCCCGAGUGGAUAUUCCGGGAGAACUACCCUCCGUUGCCAGAGACUUCGCUAUCCGCGCCAACAUGGCCCAUCGUGCCCAACCCUGGGCAUAACGCAUUUACUGACGUAGUAUUGGAUCCUAGUUACAUCAAAUUGAGCGAAUCCAAUUAUUCCAGAGCGUCUAGGGCGUCAUUGCAACCUGGAACGAAUGUUUCCAGCCAGCUGCAAACACCCGAUCUGCCUUCAGACCAAGAAUCCAGGUAA